UACACAGUCCUGUGGAUGCUGGAGCGCGUGCAGGGAGCUGACCGGCUGGGGGCGUGUCUGAAUCUGAGUGGGCGCUCCCUAUUGGUGGAGACCCAUCCUGGUUACCAACCAACACAACACACUGGCCACAUGAGAAAACGGCGAAAAAACUCCUUAAACAUAUCAGUCAAAGUAUUCCGUUAUUGUGACAUGCGAAAAACACAGGAUCCAGAUUUCAGUGAGAUUUGUCAAGUCGUCGGCCCUCUUCAAAAUGUGGGAUGGGGAUAUUAUGUGAACACCUUUAUCUGCAGCCACACGAUGGAAAACGAGGAGAGUAAGCCGUGCCAAGGAGGGAAGCUUGCUUCUGCUGUGGAUGACACUCUGGAUGAAUAUUUAAUUGCCCUCCAGCACAAAAACAGGGUCCUAAAACGCAUCAAAGUCAAAGACCCGAGGGAGAUUGAGCUGGAACGUCUUGAGCAGGGUUUUUCCAUUUAUGUCAACGGAGCCAAUGCCGAAGCCAGCAGGAAGCAGCCAAAGACCCCAAAGUCCAACACCUCGACACCAUCCUGGAGGCCUGCACGAACAGCAGAUGUCUGUAGAAGCGCCCACCAGUUAACUGAAGAAAGCCAUAAUCUGGAGCGCACUCACAAACAGAGGAGUCACACAGCCCCAGGAGCUGUCCAGAGGAAAAAAUGGGUGCAGGAACCUAUUUGGAUUCGAACAGAGACGGGACCAAGUUUGUACGUUCCUCCAGAAACACGCUACUCUGAAGAUUUUGAGCCCUAUGAAAGCAUAGACAUGGAGAGCUCCAGUCCACGCUCACCUCAUAGCCCCUGCUCCCCAAGGGACACCUGCAAGGUGUCACACUCCUUCAGUACCAGGCCUGAUAGCCAAGCGGGUCAAUCGAAUCAGGAGCACAGCGAGAAAGUACUUCUCAACCUUGAGGAAGUGAAGGUUUUGCGUCGCAGCCUGGAGGUUAGCAUGCGGCGGAGCAACCGUGGCUCAGCAGGGGAGGAGUCAGAUGAGGAGUGGGUGGAGGAGCAGAUUGAGAGGGAUGAGAGCACCGAGAGUCUGGACGAACUGGGAUUGCCUCUCUCAUCCUCUAAGUCCUCUUCCAACUCUCGCCCCAGUGACUCCCACAGCCAUUUUGACCCAGCAAACCUCAUAGUCCUGGACUUUGGACCCUCACCUAAAGGUCGUAAGCUUGAACACUCUCUGUCUGCAAAAAGGAAAGACAACAGUGAUGCCUUUAUACCAACCAAGCCUAUCCUGGUGAAGAGCAAAACAUUAGACAGACCUCCUUCAAAAGACUGGGAUGAUCAGAGGCCGAGGAGUCGGGUGGAGAGGCCCCUGUCAGCAGCCAGAAAGGCUUCUGUCGAGGAGCGAGACCCAGAGGACACGGUGUGCAGGGUGCGGCAAGCCAUCCAGAGAGAGAAUAACCUGGUGCAGAGUCCUGACGCCUUCAGCCGCAACACGGGCAGGGGUCACCAGAUGAUGAAUGGCCUUGUGCAUAACAGCACCCAUGACAAACAUGACAGCAGUGUCAGUUUGGCCAUGCAAAGAAUCACGCUUAUGGGCCCCAGGCAACAACAGAGACUGCUAAAGGCCUUGGAGGAACUUGAAGCUGGACCCAACUACAGUAUUCCUGAGUGUGUCAAAACUGAGUAUAGCAACAGCAAACAGCUGAGAAGACAGUCCUCGUCAGAGGUCACACCUGCAUUGUAUGUUACCAUGGAGAUCCUUUCAAACUGGGGGAACGCGCUGCAGGUUGGUCUGACUGAAUUGCAGUUCUUCUGCCUCAGGAACAAGAAGCUGUAUGUGUCACCUCAUGACCUAGACAUCAGGAACACUGAUUACCCUGGUAAUCUGGGGGCACUCGUUAAUGGAAAAGCAAAGACCACCAAAGAGCGUCACAUGUGGACAUGUCCAUUUCACCCACCAAUCCAGCUCUACUUCAUCAUUCGGAACACAGAGCGCUCCCUAGACUUUGGAAUGUCCCGCAUCAAAAUCUGGAACUACAACAGGAGCCUAAAUGACCUUGACAUUGGUGCACGACAUAUAAAGCUGUACCUUAACAGCACACUGGUGUUUGAGGGUGAGCUCAAGAAAGGCUGUGGUAACCAGGUUUUUGACUACAGCACUACUGUAGACCUCCAGGACUUCCAGAUCUCAGACUUGUUUUCAAGCCCAGUGUCUUCUGGACACAGUCUGCGUGGUAUCAGCCCCCAGCGCAGUGAUGAGAGGAAAGAGACCAGCAAUAUCCAGCGACACCAAAGUUCAACACCGCAGCUAUCAGAGGCAGCAGGACAGGCUAUGAUAGACAUGCAGGAGAAAUCCCAUACACCACUACCACCCAUCACUCCCUCUCCCUUGGGGGUUUCAUCUUCCGCCCGUCGGCUCUCCUCACAAAGGAACUCUUUUGAUCUGUCAUUCUCAGAGGAAGGCGUCUCUCACAGGCAGCAGGUGGAGCAGCCAGCAGUCAUAGAGCAGACGGUCACCACCCAGCCGUCCUCCUCCCGGGUGACCCCCCAGUGGCUGCAGCCCCUGAACAGAGGAGCUCCUGAAGGCUGCGAGACCAGCAGGGAAAAGCCCCGCUGGCUGGUGCCUCAGCACUCCGCCGAGUCCAAAUCCCCUUCAGUGUCAUCGUCGUCAAUGCUCCCAGAGCUGCCGUGUAAUCCUGGACGAGUGUGCCGAGGAGUGGAGAGGACAGCAAACGGUGGACAGUGGAAGGGGGACUCUCUGGAUCUGAACUGUGAUCUGCUGGAGGAGCUCGGAGAGCAAAAGCCAGACAGGCCCAUCAGUGGACGCAGGAGCUCAUUUAGAAACACUGGAGUCACUGCGAGGCUCACUGAGGAGCAGCAGUUAAGGCCCGUUCCACUGGCAAGCACAGAGGAGCCACUUUCAUUGGUGAAUGCGAGCCGGAGGCAGUAUCCCCCUCGGGCCCAGCUGCACAGCCAGCAGGAUGACACCCUCAUGGAAUCCUGGGACUCCCUCACUAAGUUCAACCAGUACCAGCGUGGACGCAUCUCAAACAUGGCUUUUGAGGGUGAUAUCUUUGAUGAAUUCCUCCAGCGCCAGGGCCGUGGUCCACCCUCAGUCCCAACCAACCCCUCCUCAGCGCCGAGAAGCCCACUUUCCUCCCUGACUGCUCCUCAGGGGGUGCUGGGUGAAGUCCCUGAUGACGACCCCUCCAUGGAGCGGGAGGAAGAGUUUGAGAUCCCAGUGCUGCCUCAGGGCCAAAGGCUGGUGAUCAACAUCCUGUCCACCUGGGGUGAUCGCCACUAUGUGGGCCUCAAUGGCCUGGAGGUGUUUAGUUCCAGUGGAGAGCCUCUUCGACCUGCUCACAUCUGCGCCGACCCUCCAGACAUUAACAUUCUCCCGGCUUAUGGCAAGGAUCCUCGUGUAGUCACUAACUUGAUUGAUGGUGUUAAUCGCACGCAGGAUGACAUGCAUCUUUGGCUGGCCCCCUUCACUCCCAGUCGCAGCCACACCAUCUUUCUGGACUUUGGCACCCCCUACCAGGUGGCCAUGAUCCGCGUGUGGAACUACAACAAAUCACGCAUCCACUCUUUCCGUGGGGUAAAAGAGGUGGAGAUGCUUCUGGAUGGCAGAUGCAUAUUCAGAGGCGAGAUUGCCAAAGCGUCUGGAACCCUGUCCGGAGGGCUGGACCAGUUUGGAGAUACUAUCCUGUUCACCACUGAUGAUGAGAUCCUAGAGGCUAUGUCUCGUUACGAUGAAACCUUCCUCAGUGAAGACGAGGGUCCUGAAAACCUGGUGCAUGAGGAGGAGCUGCAGAGGCCACGUACAGCAGAUGGAGAGGGAGAGGAACGACCAUUUACACAGGCUGGAUUCAGAGAGGAAGACCUCACCCUGAAACUCCACCUCAACCCUACCUUGAGCCAGUCUGGAGACAACUUGGAACAUAUUCCUGGGAUGUACACAGGAAAGUGCCUUAGACUAGAGCUGGUGUUGACCUGGGGUGACUCCCACUACGUGGGUCUGACAGGGCUGGAGGUGGUGGGGAAGGAUGGCGAGAGUUUACCUUUGGACCUCAGUAUGAUGGCCGCCUCACCCAGGGACCUCAAUGACCUGCCAGAGUACGGACAUGAUCUACGCACGAUAGAUAAACUUAUAGACAGCCACAACAUCACCACUGAUGACCUGCACAUGUGGCUGAUCCCUUUCUCCUAUGGAGAGUCUCACACCUUGACCAUUACCUUCAACAAGGCCCAGACCAUCGCUGGACUUCGCAUCUGGAAUUACAACAAGUCCCCAGAAGACUCUUACAGAGGGGUCAAAGUGAUCCAUGUGUUCAUGGAUGAUAUUGCCAUCUCCCCAACGGACGGAUUCCUGAUCAGGAAAGGACCAGGCAACUGCCACUUUGACUUUGCUCAGGAGAUCCUCUUCAUAGACUUUCUUCAGACGGCCACAGAUAACAAGAGCGCAGAUGACUCCAGGGGAAACCCCAUGAAGCCCGAACAGGCCAGCAUGGACUAUGAGGCUCCCAUCAUGCCUUGUGGGUUCAUCUUUCAGCUGCAGCUUUUAACAAACUGGGGUGAUCCGUACUACAUCGGGCUCAACGGCCUUGAGUUUUACGACCAGAACCAUGAGAAGAUCAGUCUUAGUGACAACAACAUUGCUGCUUUUCCAGACAGUGUGAAUGUGCUGGACAAUGUGACAGGUGAUGUGAGGACUCCAGAUAAAUUAAUAGAUGGAGUCAACAGCACCCAUGAUGGAAGGCACAUGUGGUUGGCCCCAGUGCUGCCUGGACUGGUGAACCGUGUGUAUGUCAUCUUCGAUCAGCCUGUGACUGUGUCCAUGAUCAAGCUGUGGAACUACUCGAAGACUCCACAUAGAGGAGUGAAGGAGUUUGGGCUGCUGGUGGAUGACCUCCUGGUGUAUAACGGCAUCCUGGACAGCGUAAGCCAAGUGGCACGAGGCAUUCUGCCCACCUGUGAUCCGGUGGUACCAUAUCACACCAUCCUCUUCACAGAUGACGCCUACAUCACACACAGGGAGAGGAACACUGUCAUCAGCCCCCGUGGCAGAAGACACCACCAACAUAAUUAUGUGGAGGAUCAGGAUGUAAAGAUGACCAAUGAGAACCAGAUUGUCCAUCACAACAAGAAGAAGCAGACGGCAGAUCCAGCUCUUCGACCUAAAACCUGUAUGACUGACGGCGGCAAACAUGGAAAGAGGAGGUACUGACUGUCCGACUGAUGGACUCAUUCUACAAACAGAGGAGCAGAAAGGGGGGGCAAUGGUCCACUGUUUCAUCUGUCUUUCUGGUGGGUGAUUUGGUAAAAAUAAAAAAAAAUUAAAAAUAAUCCUUUACAUUAAGUCCCAAAGCAGCACCAGUGACACUUUGUCAACACUGAAGAAGACAGAUCUUACACAGACCACAGUAUGUUUUCACACACAGUGAACUCCACUUUAUGGUUGGAUUACUCCCCCUGGUCUUCGUUGUGAAAACACACCCGACAGAUAUGUUAUUCUGAACACGUACUGUACAGUCACCUUAGUUCACCCCUCCCACAGUGCCAGGAGAAACCUGCGAGGCUGCAUUUUUCCAGCCCUAUUACUGUGCCUAGUACUCUACACUAUAUCUGUGGCUGCUACUUGUGACUUUUGUGCUGCCUAUUUAUUAUUAAAUGCUGCUUUGUGGUGUGUAAGUACUCAAAAAAACAGCAAAAAAAAAAAAAAAAGCUCAGAGGCCACAUGGAUACACACUGCUAUCAGCAUGUGGCCGACGCUACUUUUAUUAACGAAUUUUACCCACUGACGAGCCUAAUGAGAGCAGAUCAGCGCUCCCGCCACUGCACCACCCAACCGUAAGGCUAUGCAGACACUCAUUUCUAUCUACAAACUAUUUAUAUCUGUGGGCUAAUUUAUUUCAAAGCCUAAUGCUUUUACUUAGGGAAGUGCUUUGGAAGAUUUAUACACAGAUGGCAUAAGCGGUACAAUUGCAGUUGAAAAAA